CUCUCUCCUUAUAGUAUUAGCUAUAAAUGUAAGGCUCAGUAAAUCAUCCAAUCUCGAUUUCGAAAUCAUUUUACGUUUUUCUCUUCCCAAUUCGUCCGGUGCUACUGUAUCAGGGAACUCAUUCCCUCUUCCCUCCAAAGAUUUUGUAAGUACCCAAGGGCUAAAAGGCUUUCACUGGUAUACGAAGCAGACCAAAAGGGCUUUUUUUCUCGGCUUUUUCACAGACAUGAAUCCUAGACGAGACAUGCGUAACAACAGAGUUGCUCUUUUUGAUGGCAUUGAGGAAGGUGGAAUAAGGGCCUCAUCUUCUUACUCACAUGAAAUUGACGAGCAUGAUAAUGAAAGAGCAGUGGAAGGAUUGCAAGAUAGGGUCAAUCUGCUGAAGAGACUGUCCGGUGAUAUACAUGAGGAGGUGGAGAGUCACAAUCGAAUGCUGGAUCGAAUGGGAAAUGAUAUGGACGCAUCAAGGGGAAUACUCUCAGGAACCAUGGACAAGUUUAAGAUGGUAUUUGAGACCAAAUCAAGCAGGAGAAUGUUUACACUUGUGGCAUCUUUUGUGGUUAUUUUUCUUGUCAUAUACUAUCUUACUCGGUAAUUGGUCCAUGGUGUAUUUGAUAAGUUGCAAGCUUUAUAUGAGAAUUUGCAAGACCUUUUUAUGCAUGGCUACUGUAAACAAUGUGCUUCGUACAUGUAAGAUAUUCUGACAUGUUUGUAUAAAGAUGUUUGGUAUAUCAAACAGGCCUUGAAGGCAUGAACUUGUUAGCAGUUAAUGUGCCUUUUGCAUAAUCUUUCUUCUAUUCCUCUCCCAAGUUGCAACUCAAAUGGAGCCAAUGGCUGGCUACUAAAUCCAGCUCGGUUAAUCGUUGGUUUA